UAACUACUUAUAUAACUCAUUAAGAUUAAUGUAAUGAAUUUACAUUUAAUACUCAAACUCAAGCAAAAAAUUACGUUGUUUUUUAUUUUCACGUUAUUCGAUGAUUGUACAAUAAACUUAUAAUUCCUAUAGUUGAAAUAUUUGAGUGAUGUAGGUUUUUUAUUUAUAAAUAGAAGAGAGGACACUUUUGGUAACAGCCAAUCAUCAUGCUGGAUUUAUAAAUAUGAUUUCAGAUUUUUUCAUUUAUUACAAUUUAUAUGUCUUUGAAGAGCUUUUUGCACUCCAUAACCUUCAAUCUAACUUUCAUAUUUUCAUAUAUGAUUGUUUCUUUUUCAUUAUUUUAUUCAAUAUCAUUUUUCAUAAUUUAUAAAUAAUUUAUCUAGGUUUCAAAUAUCAAUUUACGAAUUAUUUUAUUAGAUCUAUAUAUACAUGUGUAAACGUGUAUUACAUAUUAUUUGUCUGACUCAACAUUUUAUGAAUAUCUUUUAUAAGAACAUUUGGUGAAUUAUGUUAUGGUUCGGGAAUUUAUGCGCGAGGUUGUUGUGUGCGGUUUUCGAUUAUAAGCUUUGUCAAGUAUUAAUUGAUCCCUAAUGAAAUUACUUUCUAUAUUAUUAAUGGAACGUUUCAUAACUAUGUUAUCAUUAUGGUUAUUCUAACAUGACUCAUGUAAAUAUUUACGUACCGACGUAAACUUUGAAUAGCAAUAAAAAAACAGAAAAUGCAAGUGGAUUUACAAAAGCGUGAAAACACUCAAACUACAAUAUUAGCAUUAUUAAUUACACGUAAAGGAGGAUGUACUUUAAAGCAGCUAAGUAAUGAUUAUUAUGAGUUAGAGGGUGAACAUAUACCAUGGAAAGAUUUAGGAUACAACUCUUUAUUAAGUUUUCUACAUAGUAUGUCAAGAACAGUACAUAUAGAACAAAAAGAUAAUACAACUAUUGUACAUGGUAUUGCAACAGAGAAAUCCAAACACGUUAGUAAAUUAAUAGCCGGCCAAAAAGCUCAGAAACCUCCAUUUGGAAGAAAAACACAUAGACCAAAUCACUAUUUUCCUACAACUGCUCCUAAUAGAAUUCGUAUACCAGCCGAGAUAUUAAGCAAGGUAAUCAGUUUAGUUAAAGAUAAACCUAAUGGUUUAAAUAAGGAUUAUAUACUUCAAGAAAUUCAUUCACGUAUGCCUUUUGUGAAAAUUACUAUGAAAGAAAUGGAAGAACAGUUACAAGAAUUGUCACAUAGAAUUUUCCAAACCAAUAAUAAGAUCUAUCCAAACCGAUACAAAGUUAAGAAUUCUAAUAAUAUAAAAGGCCGUAACGAUAUGUCCCACUCUAAAUCCAAAUUACCAAUUAUCACUGCUGCUGGAAAUGAAGAUUCAGAUGAUAUGUUAGAUAGUGAAGAUGUCUCUGAGGCUACACGUCUCAAUCGUACAUCUAAACCUGAUUACAAAAAGCCAAAUACAAAGACCAAAUCUACAUCUAGUUUCAUAAAGGAAACUAAAUACCAAGAUCAAGAAAUGCAACAUAGUAAUAAUAUUAAAACGAAAUUUGAUGACGAUAUAAUGAAAGAUAAAGAAAACGUUUUAGAUAAGAAAGAUAUUCAAAUACUUAUAAAUGAAAGAAUUAAAUUUCGUUUGGAAAAGCUUAUUCAAAACCACUCUGAUGGGAUUUGGUGUGCUGAUUUACCAGAAAAAUAUUUAAAAGAAUAUAAAGUUCCUUUGAAUUAUGCAGAACUUGGUUUUAAUAGCGUUAGAGAAUUUGCAUCACAGUUACCUGAAAUCUUUCAUUGCAUUCAACCCCGUGACACAGGAGAUUUCAUGCUUUAUUAUGCAAAGAGAGAAAUACCUUCAGAUAAACUAACAAAGAAACAUGAGGCUAAUAAUAUUGCACAGUGGUAUAAUAUUUACGAAUCAAGUAAUGAAGAAGCAGUUCCAGCAUCAGUGUCGCUCGAUACAUGUAAGAAGCUAAUACCAGAUAAUGUAAUGAGUAUUGGAGACUAUGUAGGUUACAUAAAUGUUGCAGAUUUAGAACAGGAUGAAGAACCUUUUAUAGAAGUUAUUGUUGUAGAAGUCUUCACACCUUCAUUCUUUUGGAUACAACUUCGUAAAAAACAAAAGACAUUUAAAAUGUUCAUGGAUGAUUUACAUAAGUUUUAUACAGUGCAAUAUGAACAAUAUGCAAUUCCAUUACUUGUACUAGAAAAAGGUUUGAAUUGUGCUUGUGUAUACAAUGGAAUAUGGCAUAGGGGUAUAAUUAAGGCUGUGAAACCAGAUUUUCAAGUGACUGUAAUGUUUUAUGAUUAUGGAACACUGAAAACAUAUUCUCCCGAUGCAAUAUAUUACUUACAUAAAAGGUUUUCCAUCCUGCCAGCACAGGCAAUACCAUGUGGUUUAAUUAAUACUAGGCCAUGUACAGGAUCUAAAUGGUCCCGUAGUGCUACUCAUCAGUUUGCACUAAGAACAUCUGAUAUACCUUUAGUUGCAACAAUUGCAACAAUUAAUAAGGAGGAUAAUUCAAUGAUGGUAAAUUUGACUGACACAUUAGAAGAUGAAGAUGUACACAUUAAUGAUUGGUUAGUGGAGCAAAAGCUAGCAGAAUAUGGAAAAAUGGUUUGUAUUAAAAAACGGAAUUUUCCAAUUCGUUAUUACUUAGAGUGUCAAGAACGUUCUAAACGACAAAAAUUUAGCGACAUUCAUAAAAUAAAGGAAAAAUUGUCCAAAAAUUCUGGAAAUGAAAUAGUACAUAAUCCAGAUUUUGACAUAGGCUUAUCUCACAGUAGUAAUUUUAAUGAAGUAAAUAGUAAUAAAGAAGAUUCCUAUAAUAAAUUGAUUUCACAUAGAGGAAAGAGCAAAAGAUCAGAAUAUUUUGAAUCGACUAAUUCCUCUAAAAAUGAUUCUUUAAUUGAAAAAAUGCAUGGUUCUGUCACAAAUCCUGAAAAAAAACAUCCAAGAAAAACAGAAUCUUUAUACAAAAUGUUAUUACAUCUUAAAUUAAAAUCUAUUGACUCUACUAAAAUUAAUAAUGAUAAUAAUGAUAAUAGUAAUAAUCAAAUUUGUGAGACCAUAGCAAAUAAAAAAUGUUUAGAUUCAAGUUCUGUAUUAAAUCAACCCAUUGAACAAAAAUCGUACGAAAAGUCUGUCAUAUCAUGUCAUAAUAAUAUGGAACAUAAUAACACUACAUCUGAUACUUCGUCUAUUGAUCUUUCUGCUAAUAACAGAAAAAGUAGUAAAACUUUGGAUGAUGAAUGUAAUAUUUUAAAAAAGCGUACCAAUAUUCCUAAACAAUAUGGUUCUGUCACAAAUACUGAAAAGAAACAUCCAAGAAAAACAGAAUCUUUAUACAAAAUGUUAUUACAUCUUAAAUUAAAAUCUAUUAACUCUACUAAAAUUAAUAAUGAUAAUAAUGAUAAUAGUAAUAAUCAAAUUUGUGAGACCAUAGCAAAUAAAAAAUGUUUAGAUUCAAGUUCUGUAUUAAAUCAACCCAUUGAACAAAAAUCGUACGAAAAGUCUGUCAUAUCAUGUCAUAAUAAUAUGGAACAUAAUAACACUACAUCUGAUACUUCGUCUAUUGAUCUUUCUGCUAAUAACAGAAAAAGUAGUAAAACUUUGGAUGAUGAAUGUAAUAUUUUAAAAGAGCGUGCCAAUAUUCCUAAGCAAUAUGCUAAUCAUUUUGAUAUUCAAGAAUCAGAAGACGAAGUAUAUAUUAGUGAAGCGAAAAAUUUUACUGGUGCACAUGAAGUAUAUAUAACAGAGAACAUAGAUUGGUCUGUUAUUUUGAAAAAUCCAUUGCAAGAAAAGAACUAUAUAACACAAAAAAGUGAAUUUAAAAUACCUCGUGAAACAUCUAUUAGGAAACAAAGUAAUGUACCAUUAGCUGAAAAUUGUUUCUUGAAAGUAGUAUAUAAUAGCUCUUAUUCUGCUUUGCAUGAUAAAGAUAUACCCUGGUCACCAACUGGAAAUAUUGCUAAAACGUCAAAUGUAUCUCCAUUAAUUUUAGAAAAUAUUGAAAGGCGUAAAAAGCGCAUAAAAGAUAAUGUAAUAAUUGCUAUGUCACAAAAAAUGUUAGGGAUGUUGACAGACGAAAAAUUAUAUGAUGCAUCUAGAAAUGUAAAAGAUAUGCAACCUAUGAGUUCAUCGCAGAAAACUAACAAUAAUAGUGUUGAAAACGAUACUAGUUUAAUUGCUUUAAAAAAUUAUGAACAAAAUGAUUACAUUUGUAUGAAGACGAUUACUUCUAAGCAAAAAUUAUUGGAGAAAUUAUCAUCAAUAAAAGAUAUAUCAAAUGACAAUUCAAGUUUAGAUUCGGAUGAUUUAAGCACAUUAACAGAAUCCACAUCAUUUCAUUAUAAUAUUGAUGAUAAUAAUAAUAAUAAUAAAUGUAAAGGGUAUGAAAGCAAUACGAACAUUCAUGAAAGUACGUCAAAUGAAUCUUGGUCAGAGAUUGAUGUUGAAUGUUCUGUUAAAACGGAAGCAAUGAAUUCAAACACACAGGAAUUCUUCAAACCUAUGAUCAACAAUUCGGAAGUAUAUGAGAAAGAAGAAAUAAUGAAAUCUGCAAAUAACCUAGGAGAUCUGACCCUGGUAUCAACAUCAUCGCAGCAAUCAACAACAAUAGAAAAAUCAGAUUUGAUAGAAAAUAUUAAAUGUUCAGAAGAAUCAUCGAAGAAUGUAGAAGUAAAAGAAUCAGUAGAAUCAAUGAAUAUAGAAAUAAAAAAAUCGGAAGGAUCAAUGAAAAAAUCAUUAUUGAAUGAGAAAACUAGACAAACAGGAGUGGUAUCAGUCGAAGAAUUAAUACAAUCUAACACAGUAAUUGAAACGUCCAACAUAUCAGUUUUUAAUGAUGUUGAUAUAGAAUCUAACAAAGGAGAAGAGCAAGUGGAUGCACAUAUAUCAUAUGCUGAGCUUUCUAAUCAUCUUAAAACUACGUUUAAUGAGAGCACUCAAAUUAAAUCCAGCGACAAUGAAUUUGACUCACGUUUAAGUACAGUAGAAAUAAACGAUUCAAAUUCAGUUGAGGAUGCAAAAUGUAUAGAAACUUAUAAAAAUACAGAAAGUGAUACUCAUGAAGUUAUGUAUUCAGAUAGAAUCAGUAAUCAGGAGGAUAAAGUGGAAGACUUGACAAAUAGAAGUAUCAAAGCUGAAAGUCAUAUACCCGCAAUACAUUCUGAAAACAAUUCAGAGGAAAAUAAUAAGUAUACGUCUAAUUUAAAUUAUAAAUCACAAGGUAAAGCGAGAGCAUUAGUAGAAAUGUUAAAUGAUAAAUGUAAAAAGUAUGAAAAUGAUGCAAACAUUCAUGAAUAUACAUCAAAUAGAUCUUGGUCAGAAAUUGACAUUGAAUGUAAAAAGUAUGAAAGCAGUACAGACAUUCAUGAAAGUACAUUAAAUGAAUCUUGGUCAGAGAUUGAUGUUGAAUGUUCUGUUAAAACAGAAGCAAUAAAUUCAAACUCACAGGAAUUCCUUAAAUCUACGAUCAACAAUUUGAAAGUAUAUGAGAAAGAAGAAAUAUCCACAUCUGCAGACAACCUAGAAGAUCUGACCCCAGUACCAACAUCAUCACAGCAAUCAACAACAACAGAAAAAUCAGAUUUAAUAAAAAGUAUUAAUUGUUCAGAAGAAUCAUCAUUGAAUGUAGAAGUAAAAGAAUCAGUAAGGUCAAUGGAAAAAUCAUUAUUGAGUGAAGAAACUAGACAAACAGAAGUGGUAUCAGUCGAAGGAUUAAUAAAAUCUAACACAGUAAUUGAAAAGUCCGACAUACCGGUUUUUAAUGAUAUUGAUAUAGAAUCUGACGAAGAAGAAGAACAAUGGGAUGUACAUAUAUCAUAUGCUGAGCUUUCUAAUUUUCUGAAAAGUACGUUUAAUGGGAGUACUCAAAAUAAAUUCAGUGACAAUGAAUUUAACUCACGUUUAAGUACAGCAGAAAUAAACGAUUCAAAUUCAAUUGAGAAUGAAAAUUGUAUAGAAACUUAUACAAAUAUAGAAGGUGAUACUUAUGAAGUUAUGUAUUCAGAUAGAAUCAGUAAUCAGGAAGAUAAAAUGGAAGACUUGACAAAUAGAAGUAUCGAAGCUGAAAGUCAUAUACCCGUAAUACAUUCUGAAAACAAUUCAGAGAGAAGUAAUAAACAUAUGUCUAAUCUAAAUUAUAAAUCACAAGGCAAAGCGAGAAAAUUAAUAGAAAUGUUAAAUAAAGCGAAGUUGUUGCAAAAAGAUGGUUCAUAUAAAUAACACAAGUACUUAGUUAUAUGCCCAAAUGAAUUUAAAAUUUCUGAUUUUUACAAUUCAUGCUCAUUUUUAACUUUGUUCUUUUCUCUUAGAUAUCAUGUAUAAUCAAUAAUAUUGUUUUUAUUAUAUAAUACUGCUAUAUAUUUGUUUACUGUAAUUGCUUAAUUACAGUGUAUUUUUACAUGGUAAUCAGAACAAAUUGGCUUUUCUG